AUGAGUCACGGGACGGCGCUCUUGGACACGAUAACACACGUUCAAGACAAGAUAAAGCCACGAAAAACACACUCAGGUCCUCGUAAACGUCGUGCAAAGAAGAAACCAGCUGUUUACGGCUUCCGAGAGUCCACAACGUCCACACAACGUCUUCAUGUGUCGGUCUCAAGGUCGAAAUCUGUUGAUGACGUUACAGAGGACGAAACAGGACUUUGUGCUGCUGCAGAGCCCCAUAAACCAUCAGGAAACAGUAAUGGAGCGAUGGAUUGUCUUGUGGCGUCUCCAGUUGUGCCAGUAUUGACUCCAGAGACCGAGAGAUUGUAUUGUCGAAGGAAUACUCUUGUACAUGAGCCUAAUCAGAGUUUCGAGACGCUCAAUGGCCGUGUUCAACCAUCUACUUGCAAGUUUAUUCGUCAUUCGACGCUUAGUGAAGAGGAGAGAGCUUUUUUGAAUGGAGAACAAGCACAACAGGCUGCUGAACGAGCUUAUUGGACUCAGUGGGUCAUUGAAGCAGCUGAGAAGGAACGAACUCGACGAUUAAAUGUCUUGAAACAAUUGCAAUGUGAAGAAGAAGAAGAGAUACAACGAAGAAGACAAUGGGCUAUUGCUACUAUUGAGAAGGAACAAGAAGCUAUGAUGAGAGAGAUGUUUUUGGAUAAUAUGAAGAACACACAGUGGUUUCAAUCAACGAUCUCAAGGUUCUCAGAGGAUUAUGAAGUUGUCUGUCCUAAUAGCUGGUUUGGAUGUACUUUUAGCUGCAUGCUCAAAGAUCUCGAGUUGCAUUUGGAGAGAUGUGUAUAUCGACAGGUACCUGAUGCUCUUGAUCAAGUGGUGGAGGACACUAUGACCGACUUGUAUUCGUACAAUGUGGUGUGUCCGAAUGCAGUACUUGGCUGCAAAGAAAUUUGUCCACGAGAUAUAUUGGCUGAACAUCUUGCAACUUGUCCUGUGAAUGGCAUUUCACGGGAGAAAGAGUGGGAAGAACGACUUGAAUGGAGACGAAGUGUAAUUCAAGCAACAGAAAAAGAGCGAGAGCGUCGAAUGGACGAAGAUCGAGUAGAAGAAAGAGCGAACGGGGGUGGACUGUCGCUGGGCAAUUUGCAAAGACUUUACGAAGAGCAAACGGCCAUGAUGCAGGCUGUACUUCACGACGAAAUUGUGGGCUUUUACAAUCACCAUAGACGGGAAGCGCGGGAGAAGCGUCCAUGGAUGCAAAAAGCUAUUGCAAUGGUGACGGAAGAGAUUGAAAUUCUUUGGAAUCAUUGCGUGCAAGUCGAAGGGUAUGGGUCUUUUGCGACAAGAUUACAUGGGGAAGCAAGUGAUGUAGACCUUGUAGUCUUUGGAGCUUCGGAGGAGUUCAACUUGACCGGUCAACAAUGCGUGGAGGCUUUGGCUGAACAUUUUCGUGAGCUGUCUGCAUAUGUCGAUGUAAGCGCGAUCACCCGCGCGUCAAUCCCGCUAUUGAAAGUGGUGGUUCUGGUGACUAUGGACAGCGUAGAAAAAGCCAACAGCAACGAUUCUGAGCAUGGCGGCGCGAUGGAGCUACGGAUUCCGUUUGACAUUACAUUCGACGAACCGCAUGGUAUUCACCACAAUGGUGUUGCAAGUGUUACGUUGGUACAAGGUCUUGCAAGUGCAUUUUACGGACUGCGGGAGCUAACACUUGUAUUGAAGCAUUUUUUGGUGGAGCGUGGGCUAAAUGAUCCAUAUGUUGGAGGCUUAUCAUCGUACGGCUUACUCUUGAUGGUGGUGUAUGUGCUACAAGAGCAAGGCGCGCUAGUCUUGCUGGCUGACGGGCAAAAGGUCGCGCAUGAUUUAGCAUACGAUUAUGAUUUGGACGAACUGAAACCAGUUGGUUUGCCGGCAAAUACUCGCUGGAACAUGCGGUAUGAAUCUCAGUGUCUCAAGGGAGAGCUUAUUGCGAAAGAAAUUAUUAAGCAAUGCUCAGCAAGACAGCAGCCGAUAAAAACCGAGACAGAGAAAAUGCAGAGGAAAAAAGCAAAGCGAGCAGUGCUUCCUUCCUUUAUUACUGGUUCGGAUGAGGGAUGUGAGCACGAGACUAAACCAUAUCUACUGGGCAAACUGCUUAUGGAUUUUCUGCAGUUUUACGGAAACGAUUUCAGACAAAACCUUGACCUGAUCUCGAUUGUUUCAUGGGGUGAGCCAACUUCGGCAUCUGUGAACACAUCACCAGUAGCAAGAUCAAUGUCGCCACCGCCACAUGUAUUGCCGCCUUCUACAAUUUACUCUUCUCCGACGGUUGGACGUUCCCGCUCCAACUCUCCAUCAGUGCUAGCACCACCACUUUCUUGUGACGGAUUGCUUGUGAUCGAGGAUCCUUUGCAGCCUGACAACAACGUCGGCAAGACGUGUUACCGCGUGAGUCAAGUCUUUCGUGACUUCUCCGACUUCUUAAGCUUUCUGACUGCGCUCAUCGUGCGAGGAAGUGUCAUGACAACUGGCAAGAAGAAGAAAAGCGACACAUGUACUGCAAAUGGAGACUCCUCUCCACCCAGUUCGUCAUCAUCAACAGCACAUGAACCAACGUGUCGGAUUUUAAAGUCAGUGUUUGAAAUGACGAGAGAAAAACACGCUAGCUUGGACAUCUCAUCACCUCCUGCGUGA